AUGGCAAAGCAUACUGAGCUUGAAAUGAUUUGUAGAAACGAGUUGCCAGUUCUACAGACAUAUUCAGAUCCUUUUCCGCAGCGGAAAAGGAAAAUUGUGUAUCAUCCAACUGUGAAACAAUGGAUGGCUUUGCUGUCAGGCGCCCUCAUCUUUGUACCCGGCGGCAUGAGUAUGGCAUUCGGACUCGGUUGGAAUCUUCACUCCCACAUACACACCACAAUGCAAUUGCGUUACUCCUGGUUCGUUGGCUUCAUAAUUGGUACAUUGCUGGCCGCGCCGCUUAUCAAAGUUCUGCCUAAGCGCGGCUUUAUGUUGCUUGGCGCCAUUCUGGUAAUUAUUGGCGGUAUCAUCUUCACCAGCGUGCCUUACAGCUAUGGCGCUGUGCUGGCAGCGCGUUACAUUAACGGCAUCGCUAUCGGCAGCACAACAUUGGCAUUUCUUGUGCACGCCAGCGAAAUAGCAGCCACCGAAAAUCGCGGCUUCUGCUUGUGGUUGGAGCAAAAUAGCAUGACUAUCGGCAUUGUCAUUCAAGUGGUUUACACCUCGCAAUGGACAUCGCGGGUGUACUUUGCGGCAGAUCGAUUGCAUGGCAUAAUAGCCAUUAUUUUCGGCGUAUUGGCCAUUUGUUGCGCGCACUUCAUAGUCGAAUCGCCCAUCUUCUUUGUACGUCAAUGUGAUGAUGCGCGCGCCCUUAACUGCCUGCGACAAUUGCAACGGCCCGAGUAUGCGGCACCGCAAGCACUGCAAGUGCUGUUGGACGAACAGAAGACCUAUGUUGUGGAGACGGAAACGGUGGAGUGGCGCGACACGUUGCUGCAAAGUCCACUAUUGCGUUUGUUGCUCUAUCGCAGCAUGGUUGCAUUUGGUUUCUCGCUACCUAUGAAUGAGGCAAUGCAGGUGGCCAAUUUGGUGGUGUUGGGCGAUUACGAGUGGCAGCCCAUAGUGUUUGUCAUAUUACGCGUCGGUGGCACCUUCUCAUCGUUGUACAUGUUCGAUGUGACGGGUAGAAAAAUGGUAUCAUUGGUGGCGUUGCUCUUCACAGCGGCGCUAUCCAUUGCCAUUGGCGGCGAAUACGAUGAUGAAUUGAGCGUCAAGAGUGAGUACCACAUGUCGGUAAUCUGUGUGCUUUCACAAGUUUUUCAGUUCUUUGCGGGCUUGUAUGCGCCCAGCACGUCGGUGUACUUGAGCGAGGCCUUCCCGAUGACGCUGAAGCCGUACUUCAUAGCUGGAUGUCUGGUGUUGCAACAAGUGAUACAUAUAAUCGUUAUCUGCACGUUCCAUUUCAACAUCUACUCCAUGUAUAUGUAUACAAUGCUCGUCGGCAUAUUGAUGUUUGUGUGCUCUGUGGCAUUCGGUGUGACAAUGCCAGAGACGCGGAAGACAACGCUGGGUGAGGCGCAAAUAAGCUUUAGAAAAUUGUUGCAUUUCAAGUGUUGCUGA